UGAAAAAUUCCAAAAGAAAAGCGCCAUUUCAGCGAUUUUCGGUUAACGCACAAUUCAUAAACAAUACUCGUUUUCUGUGAACUAUGGAGGAGUCCUACCAUCCCUUUGGCACCCAAAUGCUCAAGGAGCCCUUCACCUAUUCCGAGCUCGUGGACAAGGGCGUUGAGUUCGAGGUGGACAUGGGGCAGCGGAGCAAUGGCAGCCAUGAAUUGGGCCUGGAGAGCGACAGCGACUACGAGGAUGCCGAGGAUGUGGACAACGAGGCACUGCGUUCACCGUGGACGCAGUCCUUCGACGAGCUGCGUGUCCUGAUGAACAGGAUCGACGACUACAUGUACAAGCGGAUCACCCGCGAGGGUCACGUGGAGCGGGAAGUGGUGCCCGAGAAGGCCAGGGUGUCGGUGCGCUACAGCUUCUACUGGGAGGGCAGUGGCGCCCCCUUCGACUCCUCCAUGCUGCGCGGCACCAAGUUCGAGUUCGAGACUGGCCAGAAAAUGGUGAUCGUGGGCCUGGAGUCGGCGGUGCGCACCAUGCGUCCCUACGAGCAGGCCGAGUUCAUCAUCUCCUACAAGCUGCUAUUCGGGGAACUGGGCUGUCCGCCGAGGAUCAAGCCCAAGGCGGACGGGCUGCUGAAGGUGGAGGUCAUUGACUAUUCGCUGAUAGGCGAUGCGGAGGCCAUCGAUGGGAUCGCCAAGGAGGACCGCGACAAGUUCUGUGUGGUCUAUCCAAAGGCGCAGGACAUGCACCUGCACGGCAAGGAUUGCGUGAAGCGCGGGCGCUAUCGCGAUGCGGCGACAUCCUUUGAACGAGCCGUCAACUCCCUCAACUACUGUCGAAUGGGCAAUGACGAGGAGGAGCGCAGGCAAACCGAACUGUUGAUUACCCUGAAUCAAAACCUGAUGAUCGUCUACAACAAGCUGAACAAGCCGCAGCGCUCCUGCAUCAUGAUGAAAGCCCUUCGUCGCCUGACUCUAAACAAUCCAUCCUGCAAGGCCCUCUUUCUGGAGGGACGCGCCCUGGCUGCUUUGGGCGAAUACGACCGGGCUCGAGAUGUCUUCCUGCAGGCUCAGGCAAAGCAGCCGGAGAACAAGGAGAUCAGCGAUGAGAUCAUCAGCAUGAAUAAGAGAAUCAGCAAGUACAAGGAGGCCAGUCGUGAACUUUGGUCGCGGGCCUUUGCGGCAAAGAAGCCAGAGUCAAGUGGUCCAAAAACGGCAGCUCAGCAGGAGAAGGAAGCCAAGGAACAGCGGUUCAAGGACGAAAUCGAAGAAUUGAUCAACGAGUUCGAGAGCUCUGACGAGAAAUCCAUGAAUUUUUCCCGUAAAAUGUUUUCGGACGCGCAGUUUGAAACGAUUUGUAAUCUGGUCAAAGAUCACAAUAUGAAGCUGACUUUGUCGCCCAUUCACGAGGAUGUCUUGACUUUGUCGAAGCUGGAAGUCAAGUCAGCUUAAAAUUACUGAAGAAAUCAGUAU